AUGAGGAUAGGAUAUAAUCGAUCAAAUACAGAAUCUUCCGGUAAAUUAUCAACUCUACCUGCCAAAUAUUCUGGAGCAGAGAAAUCACGAACAUUAGGUAAAACAUGGAGAGGUUGUCUUAAUAUUUUGGCCCAAAUUCCGCAAAUCACUAAUUUUUGCCUUGGAAGUUCACAAUAG